AUGGCUAGGGUUCACGAGAAAUUUGGUCAUCAAGUGACAUACAGGAAAGCGUGGCUUGGACGUCAACGCGCAUUUGAAUUGGUGUACGGUGACUUUAAAAAAUCAUUUAGUGAGCUUCCUAAAUUUUUUGCAGCUUUUCAGCACUUUAAUCAUGGAACUGUUGUGGAAUGGAAACACGAAGAGUCUAGGAGUUCACCAGAGGUAAAAACUUUCAAGUUUGUAUUUUGGGCUUUCAAGCCAUGCAUUGAUGGAUUCCAAACGUGUCACCAUGUUAUUUCAGUAGAUGGAACUCAUAUGUAUGGCAAAUAUGAUAUCAAAUUAUUAAUUGCUGUUGCAAUUGACGGAAAUGAUAACAUUCUUCCUCUAGCAUUUGCUAUUGUUGACAGCGAGUCGAAAGAGGCAUGGAAAUGGUUUUUUAGGAAUUUGAGCGCACAUGUGAUAAAGGAUAGAGAAGAUAUAUGUGUGAUCUCUGAUAGGGCAAAAGGAAUUUUGGCUAGUUUAUCAGAGUUGCGGCGGUAUCAAGAGCCUCGGGCCUUCCAUCGAUUUUGCCUAAGGCAUCUUAAGAGCAACUUUCAAUCUCGAUAUCCAAACAAGGACCUCAAUAAACUGAUGUGGAGGGCUGCUUCUGCCCAUCAAAUAAGAAAGUUUGAAGCCUUGAUGUGGGAAAUUAAGGAAGAAAAUGUUGAAGCAUAUCAAUACCUCAUGGAAAUUCCCCUGGACAAAUGGACAGUUAGCCAUGAUGAUGGAAAAAGAUGGGGAGUGUUGACAACAAAUCUUUCAGAGUCGUUCAACGGAGUUCUGAAGAAAGCACGAGGCUUGCCUGUCACUGCUAUGGUUAAACUGUCAUUGGGGCAAACUGUUGAACGGUAUACUCGUAGGUCUCAAACAGCGCAACAACUUUUGGAGCAAAAUGAACUAUGGACGGGGAGGUUCAAAAUGAAGUGGGAAAAGAAUUAUGAAAGUUCAAAAAGGCACUUUGUUUAUGAUUGGAAUAUACCCACAGGGGUAUAUGAGGUUAGAUCUAUGCAGGUUGAUGGUACUGGUGGUAAUCCUCACUGUGUUUCACUGAAUGAAAAAAAAUGUGAUUGUGGAAAAUGGGCUAAUUUGCAGUUUCCAUGUUCACAUGUCAUGAAGGUUACUGAAAAAAUGGGAGGAUUGGCUAGAAAUUUUGUCAGCGAGCAUUUCACAAUAGAGAAUUAUGCUACAACAUAUUUUGGGUCAUUCUCGCCCGUUGGGCACGAGGCGUAUUGGCCAUCUCCAAGUUUUAGAAUGACAAGUAAUGAACUCUAUCGUCGUCCCAAUCGACCAAGGACAACUAGAAUUCCUAAUGAGAUGGAUCGUGGUCCUGCAGUAUAUGGGCGAGCUUGCGGGUUGUGUAGGCAAACUGGACAUGAUAGGCGUCAAUGUCCAACCCGUAGUCAAACUUAG